UUGGUGUGGAAGUUAAACUUGUGGCACCUAACCCCGAAAAAGGUAUAGUUUCCCAUCAGUUGUCCCCUUAAAACUGGAUCUCCAACUUGCAAGUUGGAACUGCGCCUCCUGCUCUCUUUGCAGUGUCUAUAAAUACACGACACAACACAAGCCGAAGCGUGCAGACAGUGAGAGAUAGCAGCGUCCCAAUUCCCAAAUAGCCAGAGGGGCCAGGAAAAUGGGUGCAGAAGCCUUAACCGCCACCGGCAACUCCACCGCGCGAGAGGUUCCUCUGGUACUGGGACUACAGGCUUCCGCCCUCGUCGACCAUGUUGCCCGCGUCGACUGGUCCCUGCUUGAUCAACUCCCCGGCGAGCGUGGUGGCUCCAUUCCUGUUGCAAUUGAAGAGCUUGAGCAUAUAUUGAGUGAGGUGAAAACCCAUGUAAUUUCAUAUCCUGAUGAUUCCUUGCCAAUGAAAACCAUAGCCGGCGGCAGUGUGGCCAAUACAAUCAGAGGGCUGAGUGCCGGUUUCGGAGUCUCCUGUGGGAUAAUUGGUGCCUGUGGAGAUGACGAGCAAGGCCAGUUAUUUAUCAGUAACAUGAGCUCUCAUGCUGUGAACCUCUCCAGAUUAAGGAUGAAAAAGGGACCCACAGCUCAGUGUGUUUGCUUGGUGGAUGCGUUGGGGAACCGGACAAUGCGUCCUUGUCUCUUUAGUGCUGUGAAACUUGAGUCUCAGGCCGAUGACUUGACGAGAGCGGACUUUAAGGGCUCUAAGUGGUUGUUGUUGAGGUAUGGUAUCAUCAAUUUGGAAGUGAUUCAAGCAGCUAUAUCAAUUGCGAAACAAGAGGGUCUUUUUGUGUCCUUAGACUUGGCCAGUUUUGAGAUGGUUCGCAACUUUAGAUCGCCUCUUCUACAGCUGCUGGAGUCAGGGGACAUAGACCUCUGCUUCGCCAAUGAGGAUGAAGCAACAGAGUUGCUAAGAGGUUCCGAGGGUGAACAGAAGGCUGAUCCCGAGGUUGCACUUGAGUUUCUGGCAAAACACUGCCGCUGGGCUGUGGUGACGUUAGGCUCCAACGGAUGUAUAGCAAAGCAUGGAAAAGAGGUCGGAACCUUAAUUGUGCGAGUUCCAGCCAUAGGGAAAUCCAAUGCAGUAGAUGCCACAGGAGCAGGAGACUUGUUUGCAAGUGGGUUUUUGUAUGGACUGGUGAAGGGAUUAUCUCUGGAGGAGUGCUGCAAAGUAGGAUCUUGCAGUGGCGGAUCUGUUAUUCGAUCUCUCGGGGGUGAAGUCACCCCCGAGAACUGGCAAUGGAUGUAUAAGCAGAUGCAGACUAAAGGCCUCGCUCUUCCUCAUAUCACCAAAUGAUUUUUUGUUCUACUAUGUUAUCAGAACAGCGAUUGUUUCGAAGUCCAUGGCUACUAGCCUACUAUAUAUCUUUUCGAAAGCGAAGGGUAAGGGUAUCUAUGGUUGCACUUGAAGCUGACUUAACGACUGCAUACGAUUACGAUGGAAGAACAUCAGGAAGAGGAACCUGAACAGUUUUUUAGGCUUUUCUUGUAACUCUUGUUUUUGCUUUUGGUUUAAACCUGCAAUCCUGAAUAAUUAUGUGUUGAUUUACUACAUGUUUUUGCAAGUUUUUACUUGUUAUUAUGGAAGUUGUAGUGUCGUUCCCAUUCUUUCAA